ACCAGGGCUGGCCACGAGUGGUGUCACAGGACAUCAUCCAUCAUGUCCACAACCUAAAAAAAACUGUUUUCAUGGUUGUUGGCCAAGUAAAGGGCAGGACCUUGCUGCCUCUUCCAGCUGGCUCGGAGGGAAUUGAGGACAUUGAUCCGGAAAACGAGAGAUUCUUGGAGCUGAUUGAUAAAUCCCUUGUCCAUGCCACUGAGUCAGCCAUCAUUGACUGGAGUCACCAGAUCCAGAGAGCCCUGAAGAAAGAGUCCUCAGAGCCUCUCCUGCAAGGCAGCAACCCGAACCCGAAGGUGGAACUGGAAUUCUGGAAGAACAGGUGUGAUGAGCUGGAAUGCAUUUAUGACCAGCUGAAAUCCAGGAAGGUCAGGAACAUGAUGGAGGUGCUGGAGAGAGUGAAGAGCAUCUAUGUCCCAGCCUUCAAAACCAUGCUCAGGGAUGUUGAGGCAGCUCUGGCCGAAGCUCAGGACAUCCACCUGCACCUGACACCCCUCCAGGGCCCCUUGGAGAACAUAGAGGCUGUUGAGUUCAGCAAGGUGAAGCCUUUCCUGGUCCCUCUGCUCCACAUGGUGUGUUGGAUCUGGGUCACUUCCAAGCACUACAACGUGGCUGUGAGGAUCAUAGUUCUGCUCCAGGAAAUCUGCAACCUGCUCAUCCAGCAGGCCGUGGUGUACCUGUCUCCAGAAGACCUUCUGAAAGGAGAGAUGGAAGAGAGCCUGGGCAAGGUGCAAACAGUGCUUGACAUCCUGAAUGGCUUCAAAGGGGUGUUUGAGGAGAGGCGGGAAAAUCUGCACGUGUAUUAUGAGCCAGGCCAGGAAGUGAGGAAGUGGGACUUCCACUCCUGGAUGGUGUUUGCAAGGCUGGACAGCUUCCUGGAGAGGCUGGAGGUGGUGAAGGGUCUCCUGACCACAGCCUUGGACCUGACAAAGCUGGAGAAGAUGGAGUUCAGCGGGAUUAGAGGGAGGGCCCUGGGCCAGCAGGUCCUGGACAUGUAUGAGGAGUUCCAGGAGGCCUACAAGGUGUUUGCAGAGCGAAGCUACGACUGCCUAGACCUGGCCAACACGGAGUUUGAGCAGGAUGCCUUGGGUUUCCAGCAGAAAGUAGAAGACAUCGACCAUCGGCUGGGCACUGUGUUCACCCAGGCCUUUGAUGACACCCUGGACUUGGAGCACAUCUUCAAGUUGCUGACCAUGUUCCAGAGCCUUUUGGAGCGUCCAGUGGUCGCUGCGGUUGCUGCUGACAAAUGGCCUCUUCUCAUCAGCAUGUUCAGCACUGCCCUGGACCAGACCAGGCUCAUCUACUCCAGGCACACCCAGGCAGGGCUCGAGCUCGGGUCUCCCCCCCUGCACAAGAACAUGCCCCCCGUGGCUGGAGCGCUGGGCUGGGCUCGGGAGCUGCGAGCGCGGAUCCAGAGGCCUUUUGAUCACCUCAGGCAAAUCCCACACCUGAGCUUGGAGUCUGCCCAAGGAAGGAGGGUGGUACAGAAGUAUGAGGAAAUGAUCCAGCUGCUCGACAGGUAUCAGGAAAAACUGUAUUUAGACUGGUCCCAGACAGUCUCAGAAAAAUCCCAGUACAACCUGACUCAGCCACUCAUCCGGCGAGACCCAGAAACCAAACUGAUCACUGUCAACUUUGAUCCCCAGCUGGUCUCGGUGCUUAGGGAGGUGAGUUACCUGUCGGGCAGCCGGGCAGGAGCCAUCCCACCCACGGCAGCAGGAAUCUACUCCUCCAGGGAAUCCUACCGGCAGCUGGUGGCCAACCUGGAGCUGAUGGGGAACAGGUACAACAAGGUCCUGAGAACAGUGCUGGAGGUGGAAUAUCCCCUGGUGCAGGGGCAGCUGCAGGAUGUCGAUGUGAAGCUGAAAGAGGCAGAAGAAACCCUGACCUGGAAGAUGGAGGGUGUGUGGGAUCACAUCUCCGGGGUCAUGGAAGGUGUCCAUGACCUCGAGCAGAGGCUGCAGAAAGCCAAGGACAAUGUUGAGUUGAUCCAGAGCAUUGUGGGCUCGUGGGCAUCUCCCAUCCUGGAGAGGAAGGAUGGUAAAAGGGACUCAGUGCUGAGCCUGGAGGACUGUCAUAAUCACCUGGAAAAGCGCUACAGCCUUGUCAGAGAGGCCGGGCAGAGGAUCCACUCCCUGCUGAAGGAAAACCAGAGCCUCUUACUUGCAGCCCCAGCAUCUGACUCCUGGAAGGCCUAUGUGGAUUAUGUGGAUGAGAUAGUCCUGGAUGGAUUCUUCACUGCCAUUGAGUGCUCGCUCAAGUACCUCCUGGAGAACACAGAUCCCAAGGCGGGGCUUGCUCCCCUGUUUGAGGUGCAGCUGGAUUUGGUGAUCCCAGAUUUGGUAUUUCACCCGUCUCUGGACCCUGGCACACAUGAUGGCUUCUCUGACAUGGUGGAAAGUCUCCUGAACAGCAUCUACCACAUCUCCUCGUUGGUGCCCCGGCUGGCCACACACAGCGGCUUCCCCCACUACCAGGCAGACCUGGAGGACAUGUCUGGCCUGGCUGAGCUGCGCCAGGAGCUGCUGUGCCGUGUCCAGGCCGUGGUGUCGUCGUGCUGUGAGUUCCGGGGUUCCCUGGAGCGCUAUUCCCACGUGUACGGGGAGGACCGGCGGGAGCUGAGCCGGCAGUUCCUGAUCUACGGGCGCGUCCUCACGGCCGCAGAGCUCGAGGCCCAGGACAUGGUCCCUGAGGCACCACCCACGCUGCAGCAGUUCAGGGAGCACAUCGACUCCUACGAGAGGCUCUACGAGGAGGUGACUCACAUGGAGCCCCUCAGCACCUUCCAGGGCUGGGUGAGGGUCGAUGCUCGGCCUUUCAAGGCAGCCUUGCUGAAUGAGAUUAAAAGAUGGACCUUGGUGUUCAAGCAGCAUCUCCUGGAGCAUGUCACACACAGCUUGGCUGACCUUGAGGAGUUCAUCCAAACUGCUGAGAAAGGGCUGAGCAGGAAGGUUGAGAAGGGGGAUUACAAUGGCCUCGUGGAGGUCAUGGGGCACCUCCUGGCCGUGAAGGAGCGACACGGUGCCACCGACGCCAUGUUUGAGCCCCUGAGGGAAACCAUUGACCUGCUGAGGGCCUACGAGCAGCAGGUGCCAGGGGAAGUCCACCAGCAACUGGAGGAGCUGCCAGAGAAGUGGAACCAUGUGAAGAAGCUGGCCCUGGCUGUGAGGCAGCAUGUUGCUCCUCUCCAGGCCAACGAGAUGACCGCCCUGCGCCAGAGCUGCGCCGCCUUCGACACCCAACAGCUCCACUUCAGGGAGAGGUUUGGGAGAGAAGCUCCCUUCAGGUUUGACGCCGAAAAGCCUUAUCAACUGCUGGAUGCAAAGCACGUGGAGAUUAAACAGAUGGAGUCAGCCAUGACCUCGAUUUCUGAAUCAGCUGGUCUGUUUGAAGUCAUGGUGCCAGAAUAUAAACAACUGAAGCAGUGCAGGAAGGAGCUGUGUCUUCUCAAAGAGCUCUGGGAUAUGAUCUCCCUGGUGAACACCAGCCUCAGUGACUGGCAGACCACCAAAUGGGUGGAUAUUAAUGUGGAAAACAUGAAUCUGGAGUGUAAAAAGUUUGCAAGAGAGAUUCGGAAUCUGGAUAAAGAAAUGAGGGCAUGGGAUGCUUUCACUGGACUGGACAGCAAGGUGAAGAACAUGCUGACGGCCCUGAAGGCGGUGGCAGAAUUUCAAAACCCUGCCAUCAGAGAAAGGCACUGGGACCAGCUGAUGCAGGUGACGGGUGUGAGGUUUGUGAUGGACUCAGACACCACGCUGGCUGACCUCCUCAGGCUCAACCUGCAUAAAUUUGAGGGUGAGGUCCAUGGAAUUGUGGACAAAGCAGUGCGAGAAAUGAGCAUGGAGAAAGUGCUGAAGGAGCUGAGAGUGACUUGGAGCACCAGGGAGUUCCAGUACGAGCCUCACUCCCGCACCAACAUCCCCUUGCUGAAGUCAGAUGAGGAGCUUAUUGAAACUUUGGAAGACAACCAGGUGCAGCUGCAGAAUUUGAUGUCAUCCAAAUAUAUUGCUUUCUUCCUGGAGGAAGUGUCUGCCUGGCAGAGGCAGCUCUCCACUGCCGACUCUGUCCUUGCCCUCUGGUUUGAGGUGCAGCGCACGUGGUGUCACCUGGAGGGCAUCUUCAUAGGCUCAGAGGAUAUCCGGGCACAGCUGCCCCAGGACUCCAAGUGCUUUGAAGGGAUUGAUGUGGAUUUUAAAGAACUGGCCUAUGAAGUUCAGAAAACCCCGAAUGUAGUUGAGGCCACCAAUAAAACAGGUCUGUCCCAACAGCUGGAGGACAUUCAGAGGAGGUUGUCUCUGUGUGAGAAGGCUUUGGCUGAAUAUCUGGACAUGAAGAGGUUGGCCUUUCCCAGAUUUUACUUCAUUUCUUCCACAGAUUUAUUGGAUAUUCUUUCUAACGGCACUAACCCACACAUGGUGCAACGUCAUCUUUCCAAACUUUUUGACAGCUUGGCCAAGGUGAAAUUCCAAGUGGACUCUGAGCAAAAGGUAAUGAAGGUUGGCCUGGGAAUGUACAGCAGAGAGGAGGAAUAUGUCCCCUUCAGUGAACCCUGUGACUGCAGUGGGCAGGUCGAGGUGUGGCUCAAUCACCUUCUGGACACCAUGAGGGCCACGGUGAGGGACGAGAUGACGGCGGCUGUCACAGCCUACGAGGAGAAGCCGAGGGAGCAGUGGCUCUUUGACUACCCCGCCCAGGUGGCUCUUUCCUGCACCCAGAUCUGGUGGACAACAGAAGUGGGGAUUGCCUUUGCCAGGAUGAAGGAAGGCUACGAGAAGGCCAUGAAGGAGUACCACAAGAAGCAGGUGGCUCAGCUGAACAGCCUGGUGACCAUGCUGCUGGGGCAGCUCUCCAAGGGCGACAGGCAGAAGAUCAUGACCAUCUGCACCAUCGACGUGCACGCUCGGGAUGUGGUGGCAAAGAUGAUUGCACAGAAGGUGGACAAUGCCCAGGCAUUCGUGUGGCUGUCGCAGCUCCGGCACCGCUGGUCAGACGAGGAGCGGCACUGCUUUGCCAACAUCUGUGAUGCCCAGUUCCUGUACUCCUAUGAGUACCUUGGCAACACCCCUCGGCUCGUGAUCACCCCCCUGACCGACAGGUGUUACAUCACCCUCACCCAGGCCCUGCACCUGACCAUGAGCGGAGCCCCCGCAGGCCCUGCGGGCACCGGCAAGACGGAGACAACGAAGGAUUUGGGCCGAGCCCUGGGCAUGAUGGUGUAUGUGUUCAACUGCUCCGAGCAGAUGGACCACCAGUCUUGUGGGAAUAUUUACAAAGGCCUUGCCCAGACGGGAGCUUGGGGCUGUUUUGAUGAAUUUAACAGGAUCUCAGUUGAGGUACUUUCGGUGGUUGCUGUCCAGGUGAAGAGUGUGCAGGAUGCCAUACGGGAGAAGAAGAAAUCCUUCAAUUUUCUUGGAGAAGACAUUAACUUGGUCCCCUCAGUAGGCAUUUUCAUCACCAUGAACCCUGGUUAUGCAGGACGAACUGAACUACCUGAGAAUUUGAAAGCUCUAUUCAGGCCCUGUGCCAUGGUUGUGCCAGACUUUGAGCUGAUCUGUGAGAUUAUGUUGGUGGCCGAGGGGUUCAUCGAGGCCCGGGUGUUGGCCAGGAAGUUCAUCACUCUCUACCAGCUCUGCAAAGAGCUCCUGUCCAAGCAGGAUCACUAUGACUGGGGUCUCCGUGCCAUCAAGUCCGUGCUGGUGGUUGCUGGGUCCCUCAAACGCGCCGACCCCGAGCGCCCUGAGGAGCAGGUUCUGAUGCGCUCCCUGCGUGACUUCAACAUCCCCAAGAUCGUGACAGACGAUGUGCCUGUGUUCAUGGGGCUCAUUGGGGAUCUGUUCCCUGCCCUGGGUGUGCCUCGGAAGCGUGACCUGGAUUUCGAGGCAUUGGUGAGACAGGCUGUGCUGGAGCUGCGGCUGCAACCUGAGGACAACUUUGUGCUCAAAGUGGUGCAGCUGGAGGAGCUGCUGACGGUCCGACACUCCGUGUUCGUGGUGGGAAACGCGGGCACAGGCAAGUCCCAGGUGAUGAGAUCCCUGCACAGGACCCACCAGAUAAUGAAAAGACGUCCUGUGUGGACAGACCUCAACCCCAAGGCAGUCACCAACGAUGAGCUUUUUGGCAUCAUUAACCCAGCAACAAGAGAGUGGAAAGAUGGACUGUUCUCAUCAAUCAUGCGAGAGCUGGCCAACCUCACACAUGAUGGUCCCAAGUGGAUGGUACUGGAUGGAGAUAUUGAUCCAAUGUGGAUUGAAUCUCUUAAUACUGUGAUGGAUGACAAUAAGGUGCUGACCCUGGCCAGCAAUGAGAGGAUCCCUCUGAACCCGACGAUGAGGUUGCUCUUUGAGAUCAGCCACCUGCGCUCGGCCACCCCGGCCACCGUGUCCAGGGCGGGGAUCCUGUACAUCAACCCAUUGGACCUGGGCUGGAAUCCCCCGGUGAGCAGCUGGAUUGACCGGCGAGAGAUCGAGUCUGAGAGAGCCAACCUGACCAUCCUGUUUGACAAGUACCUGCCAGUCUGCCUGGACACCCUCAGGACAAGAUUUAAGAAGAUUAUUCCCAUUCCUGAGCAGAGCAUGGUUCAGAUGCUGUGUUACCUCCUGGAAUGCCUCCUGACUGAGGAGAACACACCUUCUGACUGUCCCAAGGAGCUCUAUGAGCUUUACUUUGUCUUUGCUGCUGUCUGGGCCUUUGGUGGAUCCAUGUUUCAGGACCAGCUUGUGGACUACAGAGUGGAGUUCAGCAAGUGGUGGGUGGCAGAAUUCAAAACAAUCAAGUUUCCCUCUCAGGGCACAGUCUUUGACUUUUACAUUGAUCCAGAAACAAAGAAGUUUGAGCCUUGGUCUAAACUUAUUCCCCAGUUUGAAUUUGAUCCAGAGGUGCCAUUACAGGCUUGCCUGGUGCCCACCCCUGAGACGGUUCGUGUGCGGUACCUCCUGGACAGGCUCCUGGAGCGCCAGCGCCCCGUGAUGCUGGUGGGCAGUGCGGGCACAGGGAAGUCUGUGCUGGUGGGGGACAAACUCUCCUCUCUGGACACAGACACAUAUGUGGUGAAGAAGGUCCCGUUUAACUACUACACCACCUCUGCCAUGCUGCAGGGUGUGCUGGAGAAGCCUCUGGACAAGAAGGCUGGCAGGACCUACGGCCCCCCGGGCACCAAGAGGCUCGUGUACUUCAUCGACGACCUCAACAUGCCCCAGGUGGACACGUAUGGGACAGUGCAGCCCCACACCCUGCUCAGGCAGCACCUGGACUAUGGACACUGGUAUGACCGGAGCAGGCUGUCCCUGAAGGAGAUCACCAAUGUGCAGUACGUGUCCUGCAUGAACCCCACUGCGGGGAGCUUCACCAUCAACCCUCGGCUGCAGCGUCACUUCUGUGUCUUCGCUCUCUCCAACCCUGACCAGGAUGCCUUGACCAGGAUCUACAGCACCAUUUUAGUGCAGCAUCUGACCAGUGGGAAUUUCUCGGAGGCUGUGCAAAAAUCAGCCCAGCAGCUGAUUGCCCUCGCCCUGGGGCUGCACAGGAGGGUGGCUGCCACCUUCCUGCCAACAGCUGUCAAGUUCCACUACAUUUUCAAUCUGAGAGACUUCUCCAACAUCUUCCAAGGCCUCCUGUUCUCUACCCCUGAAUGUCUGAAUGAACCCCAGGACCUAGUGAAGCUCUACCUGCACGAGUCCAACCGGGUGUACCGGGAUAAGAUGGUUGAAGCAAAUGAUUAUGGUACCUUUGAUAAAAUCCAGAGGGAGAUGGUGAAGAAACUCUAUGAUGACAUGGAAGAAACUUUAGAGCAGACCAAGCACAUGAAUAUUUUUUGCCAUUUUGCUAAAGGCACUGGGGAACCUGGGUACAGGCCAAUCGCAGCCUGGGAGGAGCUGAACCAGAUUCUCGUGGAAGCCUUGGAUAACUACAAUGAAGUCAACGCUGCCAUGAACCUGGUGCUGUUUGAGGAUGCCAUGUGCCAUGUCUGCCGCAUCAACCGCAUCCUGGAGUCCCCCCGAGGGAACGCGCUCCUGGUGGGCGUGGGAGGCAGUGGGAAGCAGAGCCUGACCCGGCUGGCAGCAUUCCUGAGCUCCCUGGAGGUCUUCCAGAUCACCCUGAGGAAGGGGUAUGGCAUCCCUGACCUGAAGGCAGACCUGGCAAACCUGUACCUGAAGGCUGGUGUGAAGAACACGGGCACCGUGUUCCUGCUGACAGACGUGCAGGUGGCGGACGAGCAGUUCCUGGUGCUGGUCAACGACUUCUUGGCAACAGGGGAAAUACCAGAUCUCUUCUCUGAUGAGGAAGUUGAGAACAUCAUCAGCAGUGUGAGGAAUGAAGUCAAAGGCCGGGGGUUGGUGGGCUCCAGGGAGACCUGCUGGAAGUUUUUUACAGAGCGGGCUCGGCGGCAGCUCAAGGUUGCUCUGUGUUUUUCCCCCGUCGGCUCCAAACUGCGGCUCCGCAGCAGGAGGUUCCCAGCCCUCGUCAGCUGCACCACCAUUGACUGGUUCCAGGAGUGGCCACGGGAGGCCCUGGAGUCUGUCAGCCUCUGCUUCCUGAGAGACAUGGGGGCUGUAGAGGAUUCAGUGAAAGAUUCAAUAAGCAAAUUCAUGGCCCAUGUCCACAUCAGUGUCAAUGAGAUGUCCCGGCUGUACCUGAGCAACGAGCGCCGCUACAACUACACCACCCCAAAGUCCUUCCUGGAGCAAAUCAAACUCUACCAGAACCUGCUGCUGAAAAAGGACGAGGAUUUAAAGGCAAAAACGGAGCGGCUGGAGAACGGCCUGGAGAAGCUCAACAGCACCUCUGCACAGGUGGAUGAGCUGAAGGCCAAGCUGGCAGCUCAGGAGGUGGAGCUGAAGCAGAAGAGUGAGGAUGCUGACAAGCUGAUCCAGGUGGUGGGGGUGGAGACAGAGAAGGUGAGCAGGAAAAAGGCCGUGGCCGACGAGGAGGAGAGGAAGGUGGCACUGAUCACCCAGGAGGUGGAGCAGAAGCAGAAGGACUGUGAGGAGGACCUGGCCAAGGCUGAGCCUGCCCUGGCAGCUGCCCAGGCUGCUCUCAACACCCUCAACAAGACCAACCUGACAGAGCUGAGAUCCUUUGGGUCACCCCCGUCUGCCGUCAGCAACGUCACUGCGGCCGUGAUGGUGCUGACGGCCCCGGGAGGGAAGAUCCCCAAGGACAGGAGCUGGAAAGCAGCCAGAGUGGCCAUGGCCAGGGUGGAUGGCUUCCUGGACUCCCUGAUCAAGUUCAACAAGGAGAACAUCCACGAGAACUGCCUCAAAGCCCUCCAGCCUUAUUUACAAGACCCCAAGUUCAACCCCGAGUUCGUGGCCACCAAGUCGGCGGCGGCGGCCGGGCUGUGCUCCUGGGUGGUGAACAUCGUGCGCUUCCACGGCGUGUUCUGUGAGGUGCAGCCCAAGAGGCAGGCCCUGAGCAGGGCCAAUGCCGAGCUGGCAGCAGCCCAGGACAAGCUGGGCACCAUCAAGGCCAAAAUUGCUGUUGGGGGCCUGGCCUCUGAGAACGUGAGAUGGGCUGAGGCUGUGAAGGCCUUCAAAGAGCAGCAGAGCACCUUGUGUGGGGAUGUCUUGCUGAUCACGGCCUUCGUGUCCUACCUGGGCUACUUCACCAGGAAAUACCGCCAGGACCUCCUGGAGGGUGUCUGGAAACCAUAUCUGCACCAGCUCAAAGUGCCCAUCCCUGUAAGCCCGUGCCUGGACCCCCUGGCCGUGCUGGUGGACGAGGCGGCCGUGGCGGGCUGGCACAACGAGGGGCUCCCGGCCGACCGCACCUCCGCCGAGAACGCCACCAUCCUGAGCACCUGCGAGCGCUGGCCCCUCCUGGUGGACCCCCAGCUCCAGGGCAUCCAAUGGAUCAAAGCAAGAUAUGGCCCAGGGCUCCGUGUGCUCCGGGUUGGGAACAAGGGGUACCUGGACACGCUGGAACGAGCUCUGGCUGCAGGAGAACUGGUUUUGAUUGAAAACCUGGAGGAAUCUGUGGAUCCAGUGUUGGGACCAUUACUGGGGCGAGAAACAAUCAAGAAAGGCUGGUACAUCAAAAUUGGAGACAAAGAGUGUGAGUUCAGCCCUGCUUUCCGCCUCAUCCUGCACACGAAGCUGGCAAACCCCCACUUCCCACCGGAGCUGCAGGCCCAGUGCACCCUCAUCAACUUCACUGUCACCAGGGACGGGCUGGAGGAGCAGCUGCUGGCAGCUGUGGUCAGCAUGGAGAGGCCUGACCUGGAGGAGCUCAAGUCAGAUCUCACAAAGCAGCAGAAUGGAUUCAAGAUCACCUUGAAAACAUUAGAGGACAACUUGCUCUCUCGGCUGUCAUCAGCAUCUGGGAAUUUCCUGGGAGACACAGCCUUGGUGGAGAACUUGGAGAUCACUAAACAGACAGCUGCAGAAAUCCAGGAGAAGGUGCAGGACUUCAAGGUGACAGAAGCAAAGAUUAACGAGGCCAGGGAGCACUACAGGCCUGUGGCUGCGAGGGCCUCUCUGCUCUACUUCACCAUGAACGAGCUCCACAACAUCCACCCCAUGUACCAGUUCUCCCUGAAGGCAUUCCAGAAGGUGUUCCAGAGAGCCAUGGAGAGGGCAGCUCCUGCCGAGGGGCUCACGGAGCGCGUGAGGAGCCUCAGCGACAGCAUCACCUUCUGCGUGUGCCAGUGCACGGCCCGGGGGCUGUUCGAGGGGGACAGGCUGACCUACACUGCCCAGCUCACCUUCCAGAUACUCCUGAUGAAUAAAGAAAUCAACCCAGCAGAGCUGGAUUUCCUGCUGAGAUACCCAGCACAGCCUGGAGUCACGAGCCCUGUAGAGUUCCUGUCUGACCAUUCCUGGGGAGGAAUCAAGGCUCUCUCAUCCAUGGAGGAAUUCAGAAACCUGGAUCGGGAUAUUGAAGGGUCUGCGAAAAGGUGGAAGAAAUUUAUUGAAUCUGAGUGUCCUGAGAGGGAGAAGUUCCCCCAGGAGUGGAAGAACAAGUCAUCCCUGCAGCGCCUGUGCAUCCUGAGGGCCCUGCGGCCCGACCGCGUCACCUGCGCCCUCAGAGAUUUUGUAGAAGAAAAGCUUGGCAGUAAAUAUGUGGUUGGGAGAUCCCUGGAUUUUGCAGCAACCUUUGAGGAGUCAGGACCUGCAACUCCAAUGUUUUUUAUCCUGUCCCCAGGAGUGGACCCACUGAAGGAUGUGGAGAAACAUGGGAAGAAACUUGGCUUUACAUUCAACAACAGGAACCUCCACAAUGUGUCCCUUGGACAAGGCCAAGAGGUGGUUGCUGAACAAGCUCUAGAUCUGGCUGCAAAGGAGGGGCACUGGGUCAUCCUUCAGAACGUCCACCUGGUGGCCAAGUGGCUGAGUUCCCUGGAGAAGAAGCUGGAGGAGCACAGCGAGGGCAGCCACCAGGACUUCCGUGUCUUCAUCAGUGCAGAGCCAGCACCUUCCCCUGAGAGCCACAUCAUUCCCCAGGGCAUCCUGGAGAACUCCAUCAAAAUCACCAACGAGGCCCCCACUGGGAUGCAGGCAAACCUGCAUGGAGCCCUCGACAACUUCAGCCAGGACACCCUGGAGAUGUGCAGCCACGAGAAGGAGUUCAGGAGCAUCCUGUUUGCCCUGUGCUAUUUCCAUGCCGUGGUGGCCGAGCGGCGCAGGUUCGGCCCCCAGGGCUGGAACCGCCCGUACCCCUUCAGCAACGGGGACCUGACCAUCUCUGUGACUGUGCUGCACAACUACCUGCAGGCCAGCUCCAAGGUGCCCUAUGACGACCUGCGCUACCUUGUGGGUGAGAUCAUGUAUGGGGGUCACAUCACAGAUGACUGGGACAGGAGGCUUUGCAAAACUUAUAUGGAAGAAUUUAUUAAGCCAGAAAUGCUGGAGGGAGAACUUCUUCUUGCUCCAGGAUUCCCCCUCCCAGGGAACAUGGACUACAAUGGCUAUCACCAGUACAUAGAUGAAGCCCUGCCUCCAGAGUCUCCAUACCUGUAUGGGCUCCAUCCCAAUGCUGAGCUUGGCUUCCUCACACAGAGCUCGGAGCAGCUCCUGCACACGCUGUUGGAGCUGCAGCCCCGGGACAGCAGCACUGGAGAAGGAGGAGUGGGGACCAGGGAGGAAACGGUGAAAGACCUUCUGGAAGAGAUGUUGCAGAAGCUGGGUGAUGAGUUUAACAUGGCAGAGCUGGUGGCCAGGGUGGAGCAGAGGACGCCCUACGCCGUGGUUGCCCUGCAGGAAUGCGAGCGCAUGAACGUCCUCACCGGGGAGAUCAAGCGCUCACUGCUGGAACUGGAGCUGGGCCUGAAGGGAGAGCUGACCAUGACCAGUGACAUGGAGAGCCUGCAGAAUGCUCUCUUCUUGGACAUGGUGCCCGAGUCCUGGGGAAGGAGGUCCUACCCUUCCACAGCCAGCCUGGGCACGUGGUUCACUGACCUCCUCGCUCGCAUCAACGAGCUGGACACCUGGACUGGAGACUUCUCCCUGCCCUGCACGGUGUGGCUUGGUGGGUUCUUCAACCCCCAGUCCAUCCUGACAGCCAUCAUGCAGACUACGGCCAGGAAGAACAAGUGGCCUUUGGACAGGAUGGCCCUGCAGUGUGAUGUGACAAAGAAGAGCAGAGAGGACUUUGCCAGUCCCCCUCGGGAAGGGGCCUAUGUCCAUGGCCUGUUCAUGGAAGGAGCACGCUGGGAUGCACAGGCCGGGCUGAUCACUGAUGCCAGGCUCAAGGAGCUCACCCCAGCCAUGCCUGUCCUGUUCAUCAGGGCCAUCCCUGCUGACAAACAGGACAUGAGGGCCAUGUACCCAUGUCCUCUGUACAAAACACGCCAGAGAGGCCCAACUUACGUGUGGACUUUCAACCUUAAAACCAAGGACAACCCUGCCAAGUGGGUGCUGGCUGGUGUGGCCCUGCUGCUGCAGGUCUAGGGGCACCCCCACACUCCUCAUUUGCAAAUCCCAACAUUGCCUUCCUCAGGCAAUUUAAACAGUUAAAUGCUGAGGUUUAACCCAAGCUCCAUCUCUCCAAUGGCCUCAGUCCCCAGGACUCUCUCUGAGCACUGGGGACAUGACCAUAACAGAGCCUGUGAGAGGUGACAGAGGUGCAGAGGGACACGUGGACCAGGCUCAUGGCUGCUGUAAACCCAGAUCCUGUAAUUCCUACCCUGCUGCACUGGAGCACUGGAAAAUCCCAGCCUGCAGCCUGAUAAUCCACACUCAGAGGUGUGAAAUAUCUUAAUCUAAACCUAGUUUUUAUUUCUAUUUUAUAUUCCAAAGUAGUUUUAAAAUCAGUGGACUUUUCCAAAACACUCAGAUAGUCCAGUGACUUGUGAAAUUCUCCAGACCUUGUUUUUUUCUCUGUGUUUGUUUCCCAUGUGUGUGAUGUUGAAAGCUGGGAGGUGGGCAGAUGUUGUGGUUAUAAACUGUUUCUUGAUAACUUUCUAAAUUUUAGAAACACUGAAAAUAGUGGUAAUAUCCAAUGUGCUUAAUGGAAUCAACUGUAAAAGUAGAGCACAGGCGUUAUUUAAGAGAAUUUUUCAUGGUCAUAGAGACUUAUUGGGUCUGGCUGAGCUGGAGUUCAUUUCCCCACAGCAGCCCUCUCAGUGCUGUGCUGUGCACUGGUAGCCAGAAGGGUGUUGGUAACACACCAGUGUUUUGGCUGCUGUUGAGCACAGCACCAGCACUGUAACAUUCCCUCCUCAAUGAAAGGAAGAUCUUGGGAAGGGACACAGCCGGGCCAGCUGAUCCAAACUAACCAAAGGGAUAUUCCAGGCCAUAUGAUGUCAGCUCAGAUAUAAAAGCUAAGGCAAGGAGCAGGAAGGGGGGCAUUCAUUGUGUCCAAUGGCUGAGGAACUGUCACGUUUACCCAAGCCCUGCUUCUCAGGAGGGGCCGCCCAUCGCUGCUCGUGGGAAGUAGAGAAUAAACCCUGUUAUCUUUCGCUUUUACACGUGCAAGCUUCUGCUUUACUUUUGGCUUUAAAUAAACUGCCUUAUCCCAACCCAUGAGUUGGUUUUUUUUCCACCUUACUCUCUCCCCUGUCCCGCUGGGAAGGGGAGUGAUAGAGAGGCUGGGUGGGUUCCAGUUGUUCAGCCAAGGUGAACCCUCCAUAGUCCUUUCUGGUGCCCAACGUGGGAUGAGAUAA